AUGCCGAGGACCCCCGGACCCAGCAAUUACAGGACCGUGGACACCGAUGUUUACAUGGCGCGGGCGCCCCGCUGCACCAUGGCCGGGAGGAGCCGCCCCGUCCCCAUCGCCAAAACACCCGGACCCUGCGACUACAGCCCCAAACAGGCCACCAAACAAGGGCAGACCUUUGGCGUGCGCCACUCGGACUCCGUGAUCCCCGUGAUGGACUCGCUCCCUGUCACCCCCCGUGCCACCCCCGCCGCGGCCUCUCCCGUGCCCCGCUCGUUGUCCCGGGCUCAGAGUCCACGGCCGGAGCCGCCCCACGGCCCGCGGGCAGCGGGCACCGGGCACCGGGCCAGGCCGGGCACGGGCACGGGCGGGUCCCGGCAGCGCCGGGGGAGGCGCCGCCCCGGGGGAACCGGGAGCGGCCCCGAGGGAACCGGGAGCGGCCCCGCAGGGAUGGACACCCCGACACCUCUCCCGACCCUGAUCCGCAAGAAGCGGGACGGGGAGCGCCUGGAGGACGCCGAGAUCCGGAGCUUCGUGCGCGGCGUCACCGAGGGCACGGCACAGCAGGGACAGAUCGGUGCCAUGCUGAUGGCCAUCCGGCUGCGGGGCAUGGACGCGGCUGAGACGCUGGCCCUGAGCCGGGCCAUGGCGAGCUCGGGCCGCACGCUGGCCUGGCCACCAGCCUGGCACGGGCUGCUGGUGGACAAGCACUCCACUGGUGGCGUUGGGGACAAAGUCAGCCUGGCGCUGGCACCCGCGCUGGCCGCCUGCGGCUGCAAGGUGCCCAUGAUCAGCGGGCGCGGGCUGGGACACACCGGGGGCACCCUGGACAAGCUGGAGGCCAUCCCCGGGUUCCGCGUGUCCCAGAGCCCCGAGGAGAUGCAGCAGAUCCUGGAGCGGGUCGGCUGCUGCAUCGUGGGGCAGAGCUCGGAGCUGGUGCCCGCAGACCGGGUGCUCUACGGGCUCCGCGAUGUCACGGCCACCGUGGACAGCCUGCCGCUCAUCACCGCCUCCAUCCUCAGCAAGAAGGCGGCGGAGCAGCUCUCAGCGCUGGUGCUCGAUGUCAAAUUCGGGGAGGCGGCUCUGUACCCCACCCAGGAGAGCGCUCGGGAGCUGGCGCGGAGCCUGGUGGAGGUGGGCACGGAGCUGGGCAUCCGAACCGCGGCUCUGCUGAGCCGCAUGGAGCAGCCGCUGGGCCGGGCCGUGGGAAACGCGCUGGAGGUGCUGGAGGCGCUGGAGUGCCUGGGGGGCAGCGGGCCCCCCGACCUGCGACACUUGGUGACAGCCCUGGGAGGGACGCUGCUGUGGCAGUGCGGGAUGGCGGCGGGAGCCCCGCAGGGCUCGGAGCUCCUGGCGCGGGCUCUGGACGAUGGCUCGGCCCUGAGAAGGUUCCAGGCCAUGCUGGGGGCGCAGGGGGUGCCCCCCGACAUCGCCCGGGACCUCUGCGCCGGGACCCCCGCCCAGCGCCGCCGGCUCCUGGGGGAGGCCAAGGUCUGCGAGGAGCUGCCCGCGCCGCAGGAAGGCUGGGUGCAGCGGGUCCGGGCGCUGUCCCUGUCCCCAU